CCACUCAGCAGGCUCGGAUUCUAAUCAUCCGACCAUCCAGAUUUCCAGCCGUCCACUCGUCUCGCUCGCCGCCCGCGCCGCUCCUACUUGCCUCGCCCUUCCAUCGCCACAAACAGCGAGCGCGCUAACGGCGCAAGUGCGCGACAGGCGCCGAGGAUUGCGGCAGCGAAAUUCCAGCCCGCCCGUUAUCGACGCGAGAGCCCGCCAUGAUUCGAUGGGCGCUCCACGCCCGAGCCGCGAGCAGAAGGUCUCGACGCACGCUGGCGAAAGGUUUGCGAGGAGUGGCCUCGCCACGCGUCGCACGGCUGCUUUCCCCGCAACGGCUUAGUGAAACCCCCCCCACGCUGCCAGUGGCGACUCAGUUCCGCGCACCGUAUCAAUCGCCGCCCGUCCCCGCUGCGCCAGCCGCGUUUGCAGUUUCCUCCGCGCCGUUUUCCGUGAGGGCGGGCAGUGUUUCCGCCGUUGCUGCGCCCCGGUCGCGCUCCUCUCCCUCCGCCUCCGCCUUCUCCGCCAUCCCUGCCUCUGCCCGUUUCUCGACCGUCAAUCGCGCCCCUUCCGCUCCCUCCUCGCUCCCCGCCGCCUCAUACUUAGCCGCCGCCUCUUCCGCCAUUUCCUUAUCCGUCUCCACUGCUUCCGCCAAUUCCGCCGCCUCCGCCGCUUCCGCCGCUACCCCCGCCCUCGUCCCCAUCUCGACUGUCCUCGUGGCGAAUCGCGGCGAGAUCGCGUGCCGCGUGAUGCGCACCUUGAAGCGCCUCGCGAUCCGCUCAGUAGCCGUCUACAGCGACGCGGACCGCGACGCGCUCCACGUGCGCUCUGCUGACGUGGCGUUCCGCGUUGGGCCCGCCGCGGCGCGGGAGAGCUACCUGCGGGGCGACGCGAUUCUGGACAUCGCGGAGAGAUGCGGGGCGCAGGCCAUCCACCCGGGGUACGGCUUUCUCUCGGAGAACGCUGCCUUUGCUGCGGCGUGCCAGCAGCGGGGCGUGGAGUUCAUUGGGCCUCCGCCCAGCGCCAUACAGGCCAUGGGGGACAAGAGCGCCGCCAAGGAGCUGAUGACGUCAGCAGGGGUGCCGGUGGUCCCAGGGUACCAUGGCGAGGACCAAUCAGAGGGGUUCCUGGAGGAGGAGGCGCGGCGCAUCGGGUACCCGAUUCUCAUCAAGGCCACUCAGGGGGGCGGGGGGAAGGGCAUGCGCAUAGUGCGUCGUCCUCAAGACUUCCUCGCCAGCCUGGCGGGUGCAGCGAGGGAGGCAGCAGCGGCGUUUGGCAACGGGCGGGUGCUGCUGGAGAGAUACAUUCAGCGGCCCAGGCACAUCGAAGUGCAGGUGUUUGCCGACAAGCACGGCAAUGCAGUGCACCUUUUUGAGAGGGACUGCAGCGUGCAGCGCAGGCACCAGAAGAUCAUCGAAGAGGCGCCCGCUCCCGGCAUAUCCCCGGAGUUCAGGCGCCAGAUCUGUGCCGCUGCUGUCGACGCUGCCAAGGCGGUGGGGUACGUGGGGGCGGGCACGGUGGAGUUCAUCCUGGACUGUGACAGUAACGAGUUCUUCUUUAUGGAGAUGAACACUCGGCUCCAGGUGGAGCACCCUGUAACGGAGAUGGUGACCGGGCAGGAUCUAGUGGAGUGGCAGGUGCGCGUGGCCCGGGGGGAGCCGCUGCCGCUGAAUCAAGAAGACGUGCGCCUGACCGGCCACGCCUUUGAGGCGCGGGUCUAUGCUGAGAACGUUCCCAGAGGCUUCCUGCCCGCUGCGGGGCCGCUGCUGUACCUGCGGACACCGGAACCCUCUGCCUGUGUCCGAGUGGAGACAGGAGUGCAGGAGGGCGAUGACGUCAGCACCUUCUACGACCCAAUGAUAGCCAAGCUGGUGGUGUCAGCACCCAAUAGGAGCGAGGCGCUGCAGCGCCUGCGGCAAUCCCUGGGGCAGUAUGAGGUGGCGGGCGUGCCCACCAACCUGGCGCUGCUCCAGGCUGUCGCCUGCCAUGCGGGAUUCGAGCAUGCUGACGUGGACACGCACUUCGUGCAGCGGCACUACGACGAGCUGAUGACAUCACCGCUGGCGUCAGCAGGAAGAGGGGGGGUUGGAUUAGCAGGAGGAGCAGCAGCAGCAGCAGCAGCAGCAGAAACAGGAGGAGGGGGUAGAAUGGCAGGAGGGGAGGAAGCAAGGAGUGUGGCAGCGCCUCUAGGCGGUGUGGAGGGGGCAGCGGUGGCGGCUAUGGUGUGCCAGUGUGCGGUGGAGCGAUGGGGGGAGCAAAUGGACUGCUUGUUGUCCUCCCCCUCGUCCCCCCCUUCCCCUUCCCCUUCCCCUUCCCCUUGGUCCUCCGCCUCUGGCUUCCGCCCCAACUACCUCUACUCGCGCCCCUUUGCCCUCUCUCCCUGCCUGGGGGAAGGGUCUGGCGCGGAUGGGGAGGGUGAAGAGGGGGAAGAGGGGAAGGGGCGGAGGAAGGGGGGGAAGAGGAGGGGAGAGGAGAGGGAGGAGGCAGGAGGGAGGGGAUAGAGGGGUGGGUGAGGUACGAGAGAGAUGGGAGCUUCACUGUUGGACUGGCGGAUGGGAGACACGUGGCAGCGUCUGGUUGGGUGGUGGAUGGGGAGGGGCGGCGGGUGGAGGUGGAGGUGGGGGGGGAGAGGAGCCGAGUGUCGUUCUUCCAGCAUGCGAUGCCCGACAGCAUUGAGACGCACGUGUGGGUGGACGGCUGCCACCAGCAGUUCUCCACCGCAUGCCCCUCCAUCUCGCCCUUCGCCCUGGACGACCACGAUGAUGACGACGAUCAUCAUGCCCAUGGGCAUGGGCAUGCUCCCAGCCAACACCAUGGGAGUGGGCAUGGGCAUGGGCAUGGGCAUGGGCGGGGCGUGGUGGUGGCGCCGAUGGCGGGGCGCGUGGUGCGGGUGGCAUGUGGGGAGGGCGCAGCUGUGAGCAAGGGGGACGUGGUGGUCAUUCUCGAGUCGAUGAAGAUGGAGCAUUCAGUGAAGGCCCGGGUGUCGGGCACGCUAGCAGACGUGAGAGUGGCGGUGGGGCAGCAGGUGGCUGACGGCAUGCCUCUCUUCCGCGUGCUGCCGCCAGAGCAGAGCGCCUGACCGCUGCUUUAACUGUUGCCUCACAGUCCCACACUGCCAGUAGCUAGUGGCUGGCAGGCGUGAGGGCGGCGGUGGGGCAUGCCGCUGUUCUGCAUGCUUCCGCCAGAGGAGAGCGCCGGAUCAUAGCCUUGCUGCUACCAUGGUUGCUUCACUGUCUCGUGUUUCUUGUGUGUGUUGUUCGUGUUGUUUCACUACCCUGUGGCUAUUGGAGAGGGGGGAGGCAGUGGGGCAUCGGUGUUUGUUGGAUGUUGCUGCCGCGGGUGUACUCCCCACUAGCGCUAGUUACACGCAUCAUCCAUGCUGUAUAGUAUUCUCAUGGGAUUCAUUAUUUUGUGAAUAUAUUGUGUUUCUGAACAACCUUUCACCUUCCUUCAUCCCAACUCUGCA